AUGAAACCACUGGAGCUCUUUUGUCCGCAGUGCAAAAGUAACUCCUACAUAAACCCGGGAAUGAAGGUCUUUGUCAGCCCCUGCUACCACAGUCUGUGCGAAAUGUGUGUUUCCAGGCUAUUUUCAAACGGCCCAAAUAAGUGCCCAGAGUGUGGAAUUUCUUUGAGAAGAUCAAACUACACGAGCCAAACAUUCGAAGACGUGGGCAUAGAAAGAGAGUGCAGAAUCAGAAAGAUAGUCAUGACACAGAUAGGAAAGUCUCUAGAAGACUACUCAGACGAAGAAGACUAUAACGAUUACCUAGAAAAGAUUGAAGAAAUAGUUGAUGAGCUAGCUGUGCUCAAGGGACCGCGGGAAGUAACCCAGAGACUGCAGGAAAUAAAAGAAGAGUUGGGCCUUUCUACAGUGAGACACAGCCCUGUUGAGCCUGCAAAGAGAAGAAAGACGGAAGAAGUAAAAGAGACAGUGCUGGAUGUUUGUGUGUCUACUUUGGAGUGUUUCUAUCCAUCAGCAGCAAUAGAGUACGAUACAAUCCCGCAGCACAUAAUUUCAAAGAUUGUACGAAAUGACUUCCAGAGCUACAAAGCACUUGCAGAUAUAAUGAUAAGAAAGGCAUCAAUGUCGCUAAAUCUCAGCAGUCUAUAA